GUGCUGCGCAGUAAUAUGUAGAAGUAAAAAGAAGAUGUUCCUCGACCAAAAUUCAGUUGUACUCCGUAGUUAUGUCAUUUUAUUAGCUUGGUUACUCUAGAUGUUUCCAUUUGUCAACCUUAAAGCCUCAGUGGCUGGGGAGCUGCGAGGCGAAAUGCAUUUUGAUACUGUAAGCAACCAGCAGCUUCCAAUUCUUCUGAUGUUUGUUUCUAUCAAUCACUUCUGAUAAAUAUCAACUUCACAUUUCAUCCGCGCAUUCAUUUUUAGAUCAAAAGAGACAACUACAACAAACAGAUAAAUCCUAGCAAAUCUGGAAUCACGCAACUCAAAUACUUCUUGAGAACCUUAUCAGCACAGUGAUUUUACUGCACCAUUACCCCAACUCACAAGGCGGUAGACCCCACAAUAUCCAACUACUCACGAUCGAGCCUCAAAGUUGGUUCAAUUUAGUGAACCAGAAAAUCACCCUUUUCUGGAACACUUAUCAAACGCCAACAUUUCAUCAGCAAUAGAUUCAGACGGUGCUGGCAACCUGGGAAAACGUAAACUCUCCGACGCGGAUUCUCAGAGGCCAGAUAAAAAGAUCAUGACGGUAGGUGCAAGCUACCCCUCCAAGGCGACAGCUACACCACGAGUUUCGAGCUUCGAUCUCUACCAAAUCAUAUCAUUUAUCCUACCUAGCAUUGCAUAAACUAAUACAAAUUUACUCUCUCUCUAGGCUAUACAUACAAAAAAUACAGACAUGGAGACUAAGAUGCAGGUGGAUGAGUCGGUGGCUGGCCACACCGAAAUUGAUGAAUCCCUCUACAGUAGACAACUUUAUGUUUUAGGACAUGAGGCCAUGAAGCGCAUGGGUGCUUCAAAUGUGCUCAUUGUAGGACUUAAGGGACUUGGUGUGGAAAUCGCAAAGAACAUUGCUUUGGCAGGCGUCAAAAGCCUUACCCUUUACGACCCUGCGCCCGCAGUCAUCGCCGACCUCUCAUCUCAAUUCUUCCUACAUCCUGAAGAUGUCGGGAAGCCAAGAGCGGAAGUGACCGCACCCCGCGUUGCUGAACUAAACGCAUAUACCCCGGUUUCCGUUCACAAGUCUUCAAGGUUAGUAGUUCAUUUUGGCGCGGGGUUAUACUUUACUAACAUCUAGCUCCCGCAGCUUGACAGAUGACCUCACUCAAUUCGAUCGAUACCAAGUUGUGGUCCUGACCAAUACCCCUCUCAGAGAUCAAAUCAUUAUUGGUGAUUAUUUACAUAAGAAGGGGAUUUAUCUAGUAGUUGCAGAUACUUUUGGUCUCUUUGGGUCAAUAUUUUGCGACUUUGGAGAAAAGUUCACCGUUCUUGACCCCACGGGCGAAGCUCCGGUAAGCGGCAUUGUUGCUGGAAUCGACGAGGAAGGUUUGGUUUCCGCCUUGGACGAAACAAGACAUGGCCUUGAAGAUGGGGAUUACGUUACUUUCACCGAAUUGGAAGGAUUAGAAGCUCUGAACAGCGCGGACCCUCGAAAAGUAACUGUAAAGGGACCAUACACUUUCUCUAUUGGGGAUGUCACAGGACUUGGUCAAUACCAGAGGGGUGGAAUGUAUCAUCAGGCUAAGAUGCCAAAAUUCAUCGACUUCAACCCAUUGUCCGUUGCUUUGAAAGAUCCAGAACACCUUAUUUCCGAUUAUGCGAAAUUUGAUCGCCCUCAACAACUCCAUGUCGGUUUCCAGGCUCUUCAUGGGUUCCAAGAAUCUCAAGGCCGUCUUCCCAGACCGAUGAAUAAAGAAGACUCUAUAGUCAUUAUUGAGUCUGCUAAGACUUUCAUCCAGAACCAAAAGUUAGAUGUCGAAGUCGAUGAGAAAUUGAUUGCCGAGUUAAGUUACCAAGCACAAGGUGAUUUGAACCCAAUGGCAGCUUUCUUCGGUGGUCUUGCAGCUCAAGAAGUGUUGAAGGCUGUUUCCGGAAAAUUCCACCCCAUUUGCCAGUGGAUGUACUUUGAUUCUUUAGAGUCCCUCCCCGCCAACUUUCAACGAACGGAGGAAACAUGCAAACCCCUCAAUACUCGAUAUGAUGGUCAGAUUGCUGUAUUUGGUAAAGAAUACCAAGAUAAGCUGGCCAAUAUCAACCAAUUUUUGGUGGGUGCCGGUGCCAUUGGUUGCGAGAUGUUAAAGAAUUGGGCUAUGAUUGGUUUGGCCACUGGUCCCAAGGGUAAAAUCUUCGUUACUGAUAUGGAUUCGAUCGAGAAGAGUAAUCUCAACCGUCAAUUCCUCUUCAGGCCUAAGGAUGUUGGGAAAUUGAAGAGCGAUUGUGCUGCUGAGGCAGUUCAAGCAAUGAACCCUGAUCUCAAGGGUCAUAUCGUUACUCUGCGUGAUCGAGUUGGUCCGGAUACUGAACACAUUUUCGAUGAAAAUUUUUGGCAUCAGCUUGAUGGUGUUACCAACGCCCUUGACAACGUUGAUGCUCGAACUUACGUUGAUCGUCGUUGUGUCUUUUUCCGAAAGCCUUUGCUGGAGAGUGGAACUCUAGGUACCAAGUGUAACACACAAGUUGUUCUCCCUCACUUGACCGAGUCAUAUUCCAGCUCUCAAGAUCCUCCUGAGCAAUCUUUCCCGAUGUGUACGCUCCGAAGUUUUCCCAACAAGAUUGAGCAUACCAUUGCCUGGUCUCGAGAGCUGUUUGAGUCAUACUUCGUUAAGCCUGCGGAGACAGUCAAUCUAUAUCUCACCCAGCCAAAUUAUCUUGAAAGUACCCUGAAACAAGGUGGUCAAGAAAAAGCAACUCUAGAGACGAUUCUAGAUUUCUUAGUUGAGGAUAAGCCAUUGUCUGUCGAGGACUGUAUUAAAUGGGCUCGUCUGCAGUUCGAAAAGCAAUACAACAAUAACAUUCAGCAAUUAUUGUACAACUUUCCGAAAGAUUCAACUACAUCAAGUGGUACACAAUUUUGGUCUGGACCAAAACGUGCUCCAGAUCCAUUGAAGUUUGAUCCAAAGAACCAAUAUCAUUGGGACUUCAUUGUUGCUGGUGCUAGUCUCCACGCUUUCAACUAUGGCAUCAACACUAGCGAACUGGGCUCAAGCACAAUUCACAAAGUUCUUGAUAACAUGAUCAUUCCCGAUUUCUCUCCAAGUUCUUCCGUUAAGAUCCAAGCUGAUGAUAGUGAGCCUGUAAGUUUAAUUUUCGUUCCUUUGCCCUACGAAGUAUUUCUAACAUUUUUAGGAUCCAAAUGCUGCAAAUAACUCAUCCUUCGAUGACAACGCAGAGCUUCAAAACCUCACAAACAAGCUCCCAUCACCAAAAUCAAUGGCUGGAUUGAGACUAUCGCCAGUUGAGUUUGAAAAGGAUGAUGAUUCAAAUCACCACAUUGAUUUUAUCACGGCUGCCAGUAACCUGCGUGCCGAAAAUUACAAAAUUGAGCUUGCCGACAGACAUAAGACAAAGUUCAUUGCUGGCAAGAUUAUUCCUGCUAUUGCAACAACAACUGCUCUUGCCACUGGAUUGGUAAUCCUGGAGUUCUACAAGAUCGUUGAUGGCAAGGAUGACAUCGAACAGUACAAGAAUGGUUUCGUCAACUUGGCCUUACCUUUCUUUGGAUUCAGCGAGCCUAUCGCAAGUCCAAGAGCUACGUACAAGGGACACACAGGAGACGUCACUAUUGACAAGCUUUGGGAUAGAUUUGAGGUUGAAAACAUUACACUCAAAGAACUUGUCGAUGAUUUCUCACAGAACAAGGGUCUCGAUAUCAGUAUGUUAAGUUCAGGUGUCAGUCUCUUGUAUGCCAGCUUCUUUUCCAAGGCAAAGUUGGCGGAUCGCAUGAAUUUGAAGCUUAGUGAACUUGUUGAGCUCAUCUCUAAGAAGCCUAUUCCAAGUCAUCAAAAGACGGUAAUCUUCGAGAUUUGUGUUGAAGAUCAGAAUGAAGAAGAUGUAGAAGUUCCUUACAUUAUGAUGAAGUUGGGCAAUUAACGAUACAAUGAAGCGGGAGUGGCAUCAAUUUUUAUGGGACUAAGAAAAUUAGAACAGCACGCGGAUUAUGAAUACAGCGAAAUAUAAAAUAUUUUACC